ACUUUCCCUCGAAAAAUAAUGUAAAAAAAAGAAAAGAAAGGGAACAACGCAGUGUGCACAGAUCAUCUUUUUAAAUUGAACUUCUCCGAAGUAGUUAUGUGAAGUCUCUGGGCUAAUGAUGACCGACGAUGCAGCGUGUUCUCCAAAUGAUAAAGGAUUGUCGCUGAGCCCUAAUCUGGACAUCACGAUAGAUGAGGGAUCUCCACAAAGUAAGCAACUACUUGAGCUUGAAAAUGGAAGGGAGGAAACCACGGGAGUUGACAGUCAUAGUGAAGAAUCUCAAAGAACAAAUGACUACGCCCAACCUGUUGAGGGAUUGGAGUUUGAAACUUAUGAUGAUGCCUACAACUAUUAUAAUAGCUAUGCCAGGGAUAUUGGAUUUGCUAUUCGGGUUAAAUCUUCGUGGACCAAACGUAACAGUAAAGAGAAGCGUGGUGCUGUCUUGUGUUGUAGCUGUGAAGGUUUCAAAACAAUUAAAGAAGCUAAUAGUCGUAGGAAAGAAACACGAACAGGCUGUCUAGCAAUGAUUAGAUUGAGAGUAGUGGAAUCUAAUAGGUGGAGGGUGGAUGAAGUCAAGCUUCAGCAUAACCAUUCAUUUGAUCCUGAAAGACCGCAAAACUCUAAAUCACAUAAGAGGAUGGACAGUGGGGCCAAAAGAAAGGUUGAGCCGACUCUAGAUGUUGCUGUACGGACAAUCAAGUUAUAUCGAAUGCCAACUGUAGAUGUUUCCGGUUAUGGGAGCUCAAAUUCUAAUGAAGGAGGAACUAGCACCAACGUUAAAUUUUCCAGGAGACUGAAGCUAAAAAAAGGUGAUGCAGAACUUGUUUCAAAUUACUUCUGCCACCGUCAACUGGGGAGUCCUAAUUUUUUCUAUUUGAUGGAUCUGAAUGAUGAUGGACAACUGAGGAACAUAUUUUGGAUUGAUUCUAGAUCUAGGGCUGCAUAUAGUUAUUUUAGUGAUGUGGUUGCAUUUGACUCAACAUAUUUGUCAAACAAUUAUGAGAUUCCACUAGUUGCAUUUGUUGGUGUUAAUCACCAUGGUCAAUCUGUUUUGCUAGGAUGUGGUCUGCUUGCAGAUGAGACAUUUGAAACGUAUACCUGGUUAUUUAGAGCAUGGCUUACUUGUAUGUCUAGUCGCCCUCCAGAAACUAUUGUUACAAACCACUGUAAGACCAUAGAAUGUGCAAUAGUAGAGGUUUUCCCGAGGGCUCGCCAUAGAAUUUUUCUAUUGCAAGUCUUGCAGAGCAUCCAUGGAUGUCUGGUGCAGUUUCAGGAAGAUGUGGCAUUUCAGAUGGCACUGACAAGAGCGAUAUAUGACCCUAAAACAGUAGAUGAAUUUGAAAGAGAUUGGGAUUCUCUGACCCAACAUUAUGGAAUAAGAAAUCAUGCAAAGCUCCGAAGCUUGCACGAGGACAGAGAGCUUUGGGCUCCAGUUUACUCCAAGGACACAUUUUUUGCUGGAAUUUCUAAUUACGAAAAGGGUGAGUCUACGAUUCCCUUUUUUAAGGGUCAUGUGCAUCAACAAACUUCUUUGAAAGAUUUUUUUGAGAUUUAUGAAUUAGUUCAACAAAAAAAGCAAAAAACUGAAGCUCUUGAUGAUUUGGAGUCACAAAAUUCAAGCCCGCAACUGAAAUCAAGAUGCCACUAUGAGUUGCAACUCUCUAAAUUGUACACAAAUGCAAUAUUCAGUAAGUUCCAAGAUGAGGUGGUGAUGAUGUCUUCCUGUUUCAGCGUCUCACAAAAUCAAACAAACGAGUCUACAGUGACAUACAUGGUAAAAGAACAUCAAGGGGAAGAACCGGUAAGAAAUGAUAGACAUUUUGAAGUCAUGUAUGAUAAAGCAUUAACCGAAGUACGUUGCAUUUGUAAUUGCUUUAACUUCAAAGGCUACCUAUGCAGGCAUGCCUUGUAUAUCCUUAAUUACAAUGGUGUGGGGGAAAUUCCAUGUCAUUAUAUUUUGUCAAGAUGGAGGAAAGAUUUUAAGCGAUUGCAUGUACCACAUCUCAGCUCUGACGAUGUUGAUAUUACCAAUCCAGUUCAGCAUUUUGAUCAUUUGCACAAACGUGGUAUGCAAGUAGUUGAAGAAGGCAUGAUAUCCCAAAAUCAUUACUUGGCUUCUUGGCAGGCAUUUAGAGGGUCUUUAAAUAAGAUUCACCUUGUAGCAAACAAAAUUGAAUAAACAAAGCAAGAAUAGUGCUAAUAUGUUGUGCAUAAUGUACUAUUCGUUUCUUCAUUUGCCUAGCUUUGACGCACAUAUAUGGUUCUUUUUAGUUGUGUUAUAAGUUUGAAAAAUCAUAUGAAAGUAUAGUGUGUAUUCCUUUUUGUCAA